AUGACGAACCACGUCCAAAUUACUACGACCCCGACGGCGGACACGGGCGGCAGCUUGCUGUUGCACUUUGACCAUCGGAGGUAUCUCUUUGGACAUCUGUCAGAGGGUACGCAAAGAGCGUUGGGUCAGCGCAAGGUCGCCCUGGCAAAGUUGGAAAACAUGUUCAUGUCUGGUCAAACGAAAUGGGAAUACACUGGUGGGAUGAUUGGUAUGAUGCUCACAGUCGCCGACGUCCUCGAGGGCAGUCGGAGGGAGAUUGAGGCUCAGAACCAGGCCAGGAAGCAGUCCCAAAAGGCGUUGCUAGAGACGAAGGGCCCUGAGCGCAUAGAGAUUCAUGGAGGCCGCAACCUUACCCACAGUCUCGCCACGGCAAGGUAUUUCGUCUUCAGGAAGGGCAUGCCCAUCCAUUCCGUUGAAUGCCACGACGAUCCAAGGAUUGCCAAUCCCGAAGCCACCACCCCUGACUGGGAGGAUGAUGCCAUUCAGGUCUGGAAAGUCCCUGUUGUUGCUGGUGAGCCUCAGGCCAGGUCCCGUAAGAGGAGCCAUGAGGUCAUGGCUGCUGAGGAUGAGCAAGUGGCGGCUGAUCACACGGCCCAGCCCACGCUGACUCCACAAGAGCACGAAAGGCUCAAUCGCGAAGGUGUCGCCGCUGUGGUGGAAGACAUGUUCAACUCAGACUGGAGCAAGGACACUCUUUGUGAGACGAAGCUGCACAAGGUUUCCCUCCCCGCCACCAUUUUCGUGAGAAAGAACGGGCAAAUUGAGAGGUACAAGGGCCCUCUGCCUGGCGAUAAGGGGCCCGUCCCCGACAUCGAUGUACUCGUGCGAUUCCCCUGGCCCGCCACUAAAGUUGUACGUCUUCCAGACCCGAAGCUACCGUCCGAUAUGUCUGUUUGUUAUAUUGUCAAGAACAGAGGUCGUCGAGGAAAGUUCAAUCCGCAACUCGCCAAGCAAUACGGCAUCAAGCCAUUUGAGUUCAAGCAUCUAGCAGCUGGAAAGACUGUGAAAGGUGCAGAUGGUGUCGAUGUGACACCUGACAUGGUGUUGGGUGAGCGAAUCAAGCCAUGCGGGUUUGCGUUGGUUGAUAUCCCAAACUUGUCGGCAGUGGAAUCUUUUCUUGCAAGGCCAGAAUGGAAGAACUCUAGCCUGAUGGAAGAUGUGCCCAUCUUCUACUGGCUUCUCGGUCCGACUGUCAUUGACGAUACCCGCAUUCAAAACUUCAUGAGGGAGAGGACCGAUGUGAACCACAUCGUCUUGGCCCCACAGACAAGCCCAAACAUGGUGACUAUAGAGUCUUGCGCCAUUUUGUUGGCAAAGCUACGACGAAUCGACCCAGACCGCUUUCCUCUCCUCAACUUUGACAACAGCGUUCGAGACCUGUCUUUCAUCGGCCCGAAUGUACAAGCAGGCCGCGUCGGUAUGAAGACAAUGCUCUCGCCGAGCUUCAGCAUGAAAGACGACGAGAUUCUUCCGUUCCCGACAUUUGAAGAAGCCGGUACAAUUCCGGAAGAAGUCCUGGCACUCGCGGAUGAGGCAAAGGCCGCGAUCAAAGAGCCCAAGUUCAUUGCGGAGGUUGAGCAAGUUGAGAAGGACAUCCCCAACAGAGACGCCGAAAUUAUACCCCUCGGUACUGGGUCCGCUCUGCCAUCCAAGUAUCGCAAUGUUUCUUCGACACUCAUUCGCGUGCCGCAAUAUGGCAACUACAUUCUUGACGCUGGCGAAAACACAAUGGGUCAGCUGCGACGAGCUUUCCUUGCUGACGAACUAGUCCAAAUUCUUCGGGAUCUUCGUUGCAUAUUCAUUAGCCACAUGCACGCAGACCACCAUCUUGGCACAGCGAGCCUACUGCGUGCAUGGUGCGAUGCCACCGAACAUCUCAGCCCUCAACCUAGGCUUGUUAUCUACUGCCCCGUGAGUAUGCGUCUGUUUCUACAGGAGUAUGGUCGCAUUGAAAAUAUCCAAACUGUCAACGGUCGUCGCAUCGAGACUCGCAAUGUUGUUUGGCCCAAGGACGACGCCAAACUACCCAAGGACGACUCAACGAGGCUCGCCUCUGCCGUCCUCGUCCCCGUCAAACACUGCCAAAACUCCUACGCUCCCGUCUUCAGCUUCCCCUCGGGCCUGAAGAUCGCCUUCUCGGGCGACUGCCGACCCAGCGAUUCGCUCGUCAAGGCCGGCAAGGGCGCCACCCUCCUGAUCCACGAGAGCACCUUCGACGACAACAAGAAGGGCGACGCCAUCGCCAAGAAGCACUCCACCAUGUCCGAGGCCCUCGACGUUGCGUACCGCAUGGGCGCCCGCCGCGUGCUUCUUACGCACUUCUCGCAGCGCUAUGCGAAGGUCCCCAUCACCGAGAAACGGGAGACCGCGGACGGCUCCGACCAGGCCGUCCUGCUCGCCUUUGACCAGAUGCGCGUCAAACUGGGCGAGUUCCGUCAGGCUCAGAAGUUUUUGCCUGCGAUCAGACUUUACUUUGAGUUGACUGGUGCGGAUUAG